GGUCACCUUCGACUCACCUGUCAAGCUCUGGGAACUGGAAUUACAAUUUACCUUUGUUGCUUUUUUUUUGUUUGGUGGUGGUGAGUGUGCCGGGCACCUGGACAUCCAUUCCAUUCAUUCAUUCGCUUCCAAAGGACACACGCGGCAGGAUCUCUGCCUCGCCCUUGUGAUCCUUCAACAAAAACCAUAAAAAUAAAAAAAAAUAUUAAAAAAUAUAGAAAACUACAACAAAAAAAAAAAAGUGUAAAUAGAAAAAAAAUGAAAACACGUCAGUUGACGGCCACGACGAGCACAGCAUCCUUUCGGGCCAAGCAGAAGGAUGCCGGCAAGAUGCCAGGCGGUGGCGGCGGCGGCGGCGGAGGAGGGAUACUCUGCGAGAGGGAGAGGAAGCACGAGGCGGCCAUGCGGGAGCGGGAGGAGCAACUGAAGCGGGAGAAGGCGGCCACAGCGGCGGCAGCAGCGGCGGCUCAGCGGGUGCGGCAGCAUCGCAAGAUCGCUGGAAUGCUGGAGAAGGACCAGCCACCGAAGAGCAGGAUCACGCAUCCCAGAGAGAAGUACGAUCCGGGGGGAUUUCGAGCGCAAGGCAAGGGUGGAGUUGGAGUUCAUGGCGGAUUCCAAGCUGGAAGAGUUCCAGGAGGAGCAGGGCAUGGAGGAAGCUUUCAAGCGGCAGGAGUGCAGGGAGGAUUUCACGCAGCGAGUCAUGCCAAAAUAGUUCAAGCAGAGUGUGCCCAAGGAAGAGGUCAGGGAUCAGCAUUUAAAGGAGGAGGACUUUACGGCGGAGCAGUUCACGAAGCAGGACAUCAAAGGGGAGGACUUCAAGGAGGAGGAGUUCACGGCGGAGGAGCUAUGGGAAGAGGAGGCCAAGGACCUCCACCAAGGGGAUUUCAAGGCGGAGGAGCGCAAGGACCAGGGAGUAAGGGAGUAACCACUCCUCAAGAGCCCCCAGAACUGGAAGAAUCCAAGGGUGAGAAAGCAGAGGACCCCCCUAUAGCGCCAGAGGAGCAUGAGGAAGAUCCUGUCCCGCCCGAAGGACCACCUCCAACCUACCAACCCGAGCAUGAUCCCCCAAAUCCCAAUCCCGACGACGCCGACGACUGCGAGUUCCGAGCGGAACGCCUCAGGGCCCAACUCGAGGAUCUGGCCCAGCUCUCCGAGCAGGACUUCGAGCAGGGAUUCCGCAAGUGGCUCGAUCAGGAGGGCAUUGCCCGCGAGAUGCACUCCCACCUCCGCGUGGAGCUCAUCAACUGCUUCAACAACACCGCCCUUGGGCAGCUCCUCAACAAGGCCGCCGGCCUCCAGGUGGCCCAAUCCCACGCCCUGCUCCUCUCGCCCCUGGCCCUGUCCCUGCACACGCUGGUGGCCGAGUUCCUGCACUCCCAGAACUGUCACUUCACCCUCUCCGUGUUCUGCAGCGAGAUGCCCCACCGCCACACUCUGCCGGACUUCGAGAGUCGUCCGGAGUUCACGUUCAAGCCCGCGGAGCUCCAGCAAGUGAUGAUGGCGGUGAUGGGCGGCCAGGACACGCCGCUGGACCUGGAGCUGAACCGGCUGGUGGAGGAGCACUACAGCGAGGAUCUGUCGGGACAAACACAGAGCCUACUCAUGGCUCUGAUGAGGUCUCUGGUGGAGAUGCGAAAGGAGGCGACCAAGGAGAGCCCAGUUCCAGUUCCAGUGCCAGAGGAGCCAGUGCCUGGCGUUAUCCUCGCCACAUCCUCCUGUCAGACGGAACCCUCAACCAUCCUAGAGGUCCAUCCCGAGGUGGACACCAGUCGCCUCUUCCAGGCGGACGAACACGAGCUCUUUGUGGGCGCCGACGGGAGGAGUGUCUUUGUGGGACCUCGGGUCUCCCAAGCCCUGCACGCCGUGGAGCUCCAGUUGGGUCUGCUGAUGCGCCACCUCCGCCACCUGGCCAAGUCCUGCGCCCCGCCCGUCGAGGUGAUCUCGCACAACGCCUUCGAGCACCUCCUGCAGCGUGAGCUCCGGGAACGGGAGCGACUGACGCGCGCCGGCGAGUCCUUUAAUCCUGCCGAGCUGGUCAUCAAGCUGCCGCCACCACCACCCGACGAGAAGGCAACCAAAAGCCACGAGAAUGUGGUGCUCUCCGAUCUGGGGCCCAUCAGUCUGCCCGUCGAGGAUGUUUCGCUUCCGCGACUGCCUGUCCUUCAUCCGGAGCAGCUGUCCAGCAUGGCCGUCGUCCGGCAGUCGCUGGAUCAGCUCCAGAAGAAGGCCAGCCAGCCGCAGAUCCGGAUGUACGUGUCCGUGGAACGAAUGGAGGCGCUGGUGGGCGAGAUCUGUGGCUGUGUCCAGUUGAUGGGCAAUAUCCUGAACCUCUCCAUGGAGCAGGAGCAUGCGGUGGGCAGGCACAAGGGCUUUAAGAUUGGCUACCACGAGGGAUUCGCCCACGGGCACUUCAUGGGCGUCCAGGAGGGGCAGAAGCAGGAGCAGCACGAGAAUGCCCAGAAGAUGCAGAUGGAAAGGGAGAAGGACAAAGCGCAGGAGAAAGAAAAGGUCAAAGAGAAGCAGAAGGAGAAGAAGGACCCGGUCCGGGAGAUGAGGGACUUCUCCCAGCAAAAGGACACGCCGGGCAGGAGUGUGGCCACCCAAACCUCCAAGAGGAAGGCUCAGUCCAAGAGCGCCAACAUCCAAACGGAUGGGAAGGCCUACCAGGACGCCUGCAACCAAGCCAGCUGCAAGGAGGUGUACAUCGAUCCUCACCAGAAAUCCUACGAGCAGUGGAUCGACGAAAUGCUGAACAGCGCCAGUGGCCAGAUAUUCCUUGAGAGGGUGGAGUUGUCCUUGAACAAGGCCCUGGAGCUACAAAAGGAUAGGCUGGACGAGCUCUACCAGGUGAAGUUGCGCCACCAGGCGGAGAUGUUGAGGCUCAGCAGGCGCCAGAGUUCCUGGAGGACUCUUUGCAAGCGCGUGGAACGCGACUCGCACUCCUCGGCCGAAGCCAGGGAUCUUGUCCAGAAGAUCUUCCGCCUGCUGGAGCACUACGAGUCCCACCAUCAGAUCCUCUCCGAGAAGAUCCAUCAGACGGAGCUGGCCGCCGAGCAGGCCACUCGCAUCCUGCCCAUGUGGAGCGACCACAACCACGAGAGCUUCGGCAACUGGAACUCCGUGAUGUCCUCCAGCUUAGUGUCCUCCAGUGGUGUCUCCACUCCUUGCCGUCCCACCGAUCGUCCUUCCAACCGGAGUUUCGCUCCGAAAACUCCCAUGGAAGCUGCAGUGACGCCGCACGUCCGUCAUCCCUACGGCGAUCCUGGAUAUCCUGCUGUGGGCUAUCCCUACCAAGUGGUGGAGGUGACUGCAUCGCGUCCUGGCGGCUGUAUGCCUGUAGAGUCUCGUUAUCCUGCCAAUCCUGCUCUUAUGCAAGGUCCUGCGGUGAAUGGAGCUCAAGGACUAGGUCUGCCGGCCUUGGAGGGCGUGCCAGCUAUAGGAGGUCCUUCAGGUAACACAGGAAGUCCUGAAGGCCACCACCUACCCAUAGUAGAAGGUCCUGGAAGUCCUGAAAAUGCACAAGGACCUCGUACCGAACAAGUUCCUGCAGAUCCUGUGGCCUCUCCUCCUACAAAUGGCAACCAAAGGACCCAAGAAACUGCCAGAUCCUUGCACCAUGCUGUUCCUGGCAGACCUGCCAUGCAGAAUGCGGCCACCAAUACCACGCCACCGCCCCCCACCACCUCCACUCGAUCCUCUCAAGCCCCCAGCUUCGAGGAGGCUCUCCAAAGCGCCAAAAAUCGUAUGCUGCAGUUGGAACAGGAGAGCGAUCUCCUCGAGAAGAGCUUCCUCAGCUAUUUGGAGAAGACCAAGUCCAAGUCCCAAACGCCGCCAAAGUCCAGUCCCCAGAAACCCCGUCGGGAAACCGAGGAGAAGGACUCGCGUCGCAGGAUCCGCUCCAGUUGCCAGAGGGAGCGGGAGCAGAUAAAUCGAUCCUUGGACCAUUACCGGGACUGGCAGCGGAAGGUGCGGCGGGAGGAUGCCAUCAGUGUGGCGCAGCUGGAGGAGCUGCAGAGGGAUCGCAUCCUGCCCAGGAUGGUGGAGUCGAAGCGCUCCUCGCCGCUGUGGCUGUCGGAACCGGAGGACUGCCAGCAGGACAAGUAUCCUUUUACGAAUGCCAUUGCCGAGGCGCGGGAGAAGCUGCUGGGCGAGAUCGGACACGACAAGCGGGUGGAUCCAGUGCUUCCCGCGCAGGAUCAGGUGGAGACGGACAAGCAGGAGGAUUGGCUGGCCCCGCCAGCUCCAAUCGAGAUCCCAGUAUUGCCAAGAUUGCCUCCAGUACUGCCCUUCAAGCCGUCGGAGCAGCUGGAUCCUCUCCUCCAGCUCAAUGAACUGGACCACUCCAGGAGCAGCCGCAGCAGCGGGGAACUGAGCCUGCUCUUCCGUCGCGCCAAGGAGGCUCUCGGCCUGACCUCCGAACCCAAUCCCCUCCUGGACUCGAGCACCGACAGUUCCAGUUUUGAGUUGGCUGAUGGAACGGCUCCUUCGGUUUCGGCUGCUCCGUUUCUGCGGAGCUCCCCCAAACAGAAAUUGCAACGUUCCAUGGCCAAGAUGCAGUUGCUCUUCGGUGGCUCGGGAAUCGACAAGGAUUCGAUUUCUGUGCCACUAACGAGUAAAGUGCGUCCUGUGAGUGCUCCCACACCGAGUUCGGUAUUGAGGGAGAGUCUCCUUCUGGUUCCUCCUGCUCCUCCGCGUCCUCAAACUGCUCCUAUUACUGCUCCGGCCAUGGCUUCUCUUCCUGGUGUGACUUCACUUCCUAGUGUGUCUCCUCUGCCUGGCGUGGCAUCUCUUCCUGGGUUGGCUUCUCUUCCUAGUGCAGUCUCCCUACCUGGUGGGGCCUCCCUUCCCAGUGUGGCUUCUCUAGCUGGCAUUCCUCCUCUCCCGGCAGGUCCUCCUCUGUCCGCCAUUCCAACUCUGCCAGGGAAGGUGCCUCCACCCAUUCCACUUCCUCCUGCCCUCCACCUGGACAUCUCCACCUCCAGCUCCACGCCGAGCAGUUUCGCCAGCAAAUCGCCAGCCCUUGUGUUCCAGGACCUAGUGGCGGAUGCCGUAAUCGGUCCGGAUACCACGCCGGAGGUGUCCUUCAGCCAGGAGUUCUGGAAGCGCGUCAAUCUGUAAAAAAAAAAAUUCUUAAAAAAAAUAAACCUCAAAUGUUUAAAAUUUAAAUAAAAUUGUUCAAAUAA